ACACAACAGGUCGAAAAGAAAAAACAACAACACAAAAACGUAAAAAAUAGGUCACGUUGUGGAAGUUUAGUGUGCCAAAGGUCAAAAUACAUGCGCACAAAUAACUAACCCAUGUUUACAAAAUGGCAGGCGAUUCUUGGCUCACAGAUUAUGAUGGAUGUUUAUUGUUGGGUCAAGAACUUAUGGAGCAUAUUAAUGAAAGGAGUAAACACACCAGAACAAGUUCUGCUUAUACAAAAAUCUCUGCUCAGAUUCGCUCAAAAACAAGGCAGUUCUCGGCUGACUUAAAUAAACUUAAACAGAAUUUGAUGAGAGCCUCCGCAUCAUAUCAUAUAACCCAAAAAGAAGUAGAGAGAAGGCAGGGCAUGUUGGAUGCUUUGAUAACCAAAGAGAAACAAAUUGAAGAAGCAACAAGAAAUGAAGGUAAACCAGGUGGCUUGUUCCUGACCGGUGCCACCACGGAGACAUACAGCAGUGGCGACCCUUGGGGCAUGAGUGAAGAGCCGGACGCUUUUCGAGACUUGAGCAACACAGACCUCCAUCAGCAACAGCAGCACGUCAUUAGAGAACAAGACCGAGGUCUGGACGCCUUGUCCCAUGUGAUAGGUCGUCAAAAACAAAUGGCCAUUGAUAUAGGCAACGAAGUGGAUGGUCAAAAUGAGCUGCUGGAUGAUAUCAUUGAUCACACAGAUAGGACAGGUUUACGAAUACAGAGAGAGACCAGACACAUCAACAUUGUGGAACGAAAGUCUGCUUCUUGCUGGUACUACAUCCUCAUUGCUCUUCUGUUAGUUGCUAUUGUCGUUAUAGCUGCUGUACCAUAUAAUGGAAAAAAGUAGAAAGCUGGUCCCUGCUCCAGGCCCAAAACAUUCCAGCCUGUGUCAGAGGUUCAUGGUGAGGACAUGGAAGAAGACACUUUUGAUCAAUAAAACCAAAGUGUGGCAAUGCUGAACUAUGAAACAAAUUAUGACUUAACUAUGAAACAAAUUAUGACUUAACUAUGAAACAAAUUAUGACUUAACUAUGAAACAAAUUAUGACUUAACUAUGAAACAAAUUAUGACUUAACUAUGAAACAAAUGAUGACUUAACUAUGAAACAAAUUAUGACUUAACUAUGAAACAAAUUAUGACUUAACUAUGAAACAAAUGAUGACUUAACUAUGAAACAAAUUAUGACUUAACUAUGAAACAAAUGAUGACUUAACUAUGACUCAAGAAAUAGUGAACUAUGCAUUGUACACUUUAUGUGUUGAAGAUUUUCUUUUUAUAAUUUAUUUUUGCAUGACAUGUUCGAAAUUACAUUAAUUUGUUUUUAACUUGACCUUGGCCUUUACUUGAUCUUCAUUGAAACCAGAGAUCAUAUCGAUACUAUAGAUUUCUGACAUAUCAUGUGACCAUCAUAACUUUGAGUUGAUAACUUCAUCCUCUCAACUUAUAUCAUGUGACCUGUAAAGGUGAGUAUGUUUGAUAUGUAAGGGUACUAGGGAAGGUUGUCUACCAAAAACUUGGCACCAGUACUGCAUGGAUCUAGAUGAGGGGUCACUUUUUUUUUUCUUGUUGGGCCUGCCAGUGGUCACUGUGUUGUUAGAAAGGAGAUGCCGUUUGGGGCACACUCAUGUGUCUUGGCUUCCUAGUUUGACUGCUCUCUGUGUUCUACCCAGACCAUUCGUUACUGAAGGCCUCCACUCUCCUCCCUCUGUGGAUAUACUGUUCAGAUCCUAUUGGUGAGAGCACAAGUAGACUGCACAUUUAUUGUUAGCAUUCAACAGUUAUUUGAUAUGAGAUGCGCAUAUUGUGAUGUGUGCACAUAUGUACACCAUGUUUUGUGUAGAUUGAUAAAUCAUUGUGUGGUGAAUGGUUUGUGUACAAUUGGUGGUUCCUGUUAUUGUGUUUUUAUACUCGCCUUGAACACUUUGUCUUAAGCCGUUAUAUUUGACUGUGUAUUUUCAAUGCUAUUAUUGCUAUGCUCACUAUUGGUUUCAAGUGAUUGAUAUUUGGUACUACAAAACCAAUGAACUCUA